AUGGAUUCAAGAUUUGAAAUUGAACCCAUAUGCAAGAAACCAAAACUUGUAAAGGGUGAAGAUCAAGAUUCAAUCUUGAUGAUCAAGAAUCUCAAGAAUGAAGAAGAUUCUUGUUCUGGGUUUGAUCUUUUACCAAGAGAUUUGCUUCUUGAUGUUCUUAUCAGGCUGCCCAUAUCAUCACUUAUUCAAUUCAGGUUUGUUAACAAAUCAUGUUACACUUUGUCUCAUGAUCCUGAGCUACCUGGGCUUCACCACCCUGUGGCUGCAAAAGCAGACCCCAUGUUGGUGUUUCACUGUGAUUAUCCUAUCAGAAACCAGCUUUACUUUGUUGAGUAUGAUGGUGAUCAUGGUGGUGAUAGGGUUGUGAGGAAGAUAUCUACACCAUUUUGUGGUGCCAUGCCAGAAUUCAAUGUUGUGGGAUCUUGCAAUGGGUUGUUGUGUUUGUCUGAUUCAUUGUAUGGUGAACCGGUUUAUGUGUUUAACCCGUUUACUCGAAACUAUCUGGAGUUACCUAAAUGUAGGCAGUUUCAGGAUCAGGAAGUGGUGUUUGGCUUUGGUUUUCAUCCGGGUACGAAUGAGUAUAAGGUGGUUAGGAUUGUGUAUUACAGGACGACGAAUCGGUUGAACCGAAACAACAGGAGUUACCCGAGAUCCGAGGUUAACGUGCUAACCAUUGGGAAACCGAACUUGAAUGGGAACGAGAGCGAAAGCAAGGACGGUUGGAGAUGCCUUGGGAAAGUGCCGUACCAGCUCGACCGUCAAGCGAAGGAAGUGGUGGUGGUGAAUGGGAGACUUCAUUGGGUGAGCCGCCCUGGGCGGCUCGGUGGGCUACCAGGUCGAACGAUUGUGUCGUUCGACCUGGAAGACGAGAAGUUUAAACUGGUUUCCAAGCCGGUUAACCGCAGCAACUACCACCUAGCAGUGAUUGACGACUGUCUAGCGUCGGCGGUGUCGUGUGGGUAUGGGAAGUUGGAGAUCUGGGUGAUGAAGGAAUACGAUGUUAAAGAGUCGUGGACGAAGCUUUUUAACAUCCAUGGCGCGUAUUUGGCUAAAGUUUUGAGUCAUGACUAUAGGAUAUGGCGGAAAGCGGUGCACGGGAAGAUGGUUAGGGUUUUGUGUGUGUUGAAGAAUGGGGAGAUAUUGAUGGAGUAUAGAGGAGGGAACUUGGUGAAGUAUGAUCCAAAAUGGAAGGAGUUUAAGGAUGUUGUGUUUCAUGGGAUGCCUGAGUUGUUUCAAACAGUUGUACAUGUUGGUAGCCUUAAUUGGACUCAUACACCAAUUUAG